AUGUGGAACUACCGGGUGGCCCAGAGUCUUGUCUUUGCCAUCGAGGAGAUCAACAGGGACGCCUGGCUGCUGCCCAACCUCACUCUGGGCUUCUCCAUCUUUAACUCUGGGGACUCAGUACCUGGAGCCCUCUACGAGACGAUGGCCUUUCUCACGGGGUGGGAGGAGCCCAUCCCCAACUACGAGUGUCAGCCCAGCCCUCCGUGGGCUGCCCUGGUCGGAGACACUCGGUCAGCUGUGUCCAUCCCCAUGGCCAGGCUGCUGGGGCUCUAUAAGUUUCCCCAGGUCAGUCACUCAUCCUCCCUUGCCAGCCUCAGCGAUAAGACCCAGUUCCCGUCCUUCCUUCGGACCCUGGCUAGUGACCUCACGUCCUCCCGCCUGGUGGCCCAGCUUGUUGUCCACUUCGGAUGGUCCUGGGUGGGCAUUCUGGCCCAGGACGAUGACUACGGGCAGCAGAGCAGCUCACUGGUGAUCCAGGAGCUGGGCCAGGCAGGCAUCUGCAUUGACUUCCACCUCCACGUCCCCUCCCAGCCGUCCCUGGAGAAGACGGAAGCCAUCGUCCGGGAGAUGGGCCGCUGCACCGCCACUGGCAUCAUCGUCUUCGUGAGCAACUUGAGUUUCCAGAUCAUCCUGCAGGGCUUGCUGGGCCAGGGCAUCUCGGGCCGGGUCUGGGUCAGCCGGGAGACGCUGCACGCUGCUCUGGCCCUGAGCAUCCCCGGCGUGUCCCAGGUCCUGCAGGGCUCCUUCAGCCUUCUGCAGCGCACCAGCCAGGUCCUCGGGUUCCCCGAGUUCUUUGCUCGCCUGCGCCCUGCCCGGACCCCAGAGGACAUGUUCAUAGAGAGAUUCUGGGAGGUCACCUUCAGAUGCACGUGGCCCCGUGGGAACCGAGGGCCAGUGAGGAACAGCUCGGGGGCAGGGGGCAUCCGGUUCUGCUCUGGGAACGAGAGCCUGACAGGUUGGGAGUACCCCUUCCAGGACGUGGUUAAAGUGGAUGUCGGGUACCCGGCCGUCUACAGCAUCGCCCACGCCCUGCAGGACCUGGGCACCUGCGAGCAGGGGGACAGGACAUGUGCAGACCCUUGGCACUUCCAGCCCUGGCAGCUUCUGCAUCCCCUCAGGAAGGUGCAUUUCAAGACCGUUGAUGGGACAGAGAUUGUCUUUGAUGCCAAUGGAGAUAUGGUUACAACAUUUGACCUUCUUCAAGGGCAGAAGACCCCUGAAGGCCUGUUCCGCUUUGUCCGAAUAGGCAUACUCAACCCACAAGCUUCCUCAGGGGAGAGCAUGAUGGUCCAGAUGAUGAAGGAGGACUUCCAGCUUUCCCACGUCAGCCAGGUCCCCAGCUCUGCCUGCAGCAAGAGCUGUGCUCCAGGAUCCAGCCAGAUCAUGCGCCAGGGAGCCCCUCACUGCUGUUUUGACUGCAGCCCCUGCCCCGAGGGACACUUUGCAGACCAAAGAGACAUGGCGCGCUGCCUCCCGUGCCCCGGCGAGCAGGCGCCCAGCCCGGCGCGGGACGGCUGCCGGCCGCUGCCCGAGAUUUUCCUGAGCUGGCGCGAGCCGCUGGGCCAGGCGCUGGCGGCGGGCGCGGUGGCGCGGGCGGCCGCGGCGCUGUGGACGCUGGCGCUGUUCCUGCGGCGCCGGCGCGCACGCGCGGUCAGGGCGGCCCACGGCGCUCUCAGCAGGGCCCUGCUCGGCGCGCUGGCGCUCUGCUCCCUCAGCGCGCUGCUCUUCCUCGGCCCGCCGCGCGCCGCCACCUGCCUGCUCCGCCGGGCCGCCUUCGCCGUGGUCUUCGCCGUCGCCGUGUCCUGCGUCCUGGCCAAGACCCUGGCCGUCGUGCUGGCCUUCCGAGUCACCAGGCCGGACGACCCACUCCGCGUGUGCCUGGGCCCCCGGGCCUCCGCCGCGGUCGUGCUGGGUGCCUCGUCGCUGCAGGUGCUGCUCUGCGGGCUCUGGCUGAGCAUCUCCCCGCCGGUCCCGCACAGGGACACGGCCUCCGAGCCCGGCCACGUGGUCGUGCGGUGCCAGGAGGGCUCCGGCGCCGCCUUCUACUGCAUGCUGGGCUACCUGGGCCUCCUGGCGGCGGUCACCCUCUCCGUGGCCUUCCUGGCCAGGCGUCUGCCCGCUGCUUUCAACGAGACCAAGCUGCUCACCCUCAGCAUGCUGCUCUUCUGCAGCGUCUGGACGGCCUUCCUGCCCCUGUACCACAGCGCGCGCGGCAAGGCCACCGUGGCCGUGGAGGUCUUCUCCAUCCUGGCCUCCACCGCAGGGCUGCUGGGCUGCAUCUUCCUCCCCAAGUGCUACAUCAUCCUGCGGAGGCGCGAGCAGAACGUCCCGGCCCGGUUAUGGCGUGGAUGCGGGCCAAGCGGGGACGGCAGAACCAGGAGCUCCCGGGCAGCUGUGUCCCCAGGCCCCUGCCACAGACCCUUCUGAGCCUGUCCUCGCUGAAGAAGCCAGGGCCACAGGAUCUGGACUCAUUGUUUUCCUGCCGCUUAAAAGAGAUUAAGAGAUGAAGCACAGAAAGCAGGAUGUUAAUGACUGCUAGAUCAAGAUGUGAGCAAGUGGAUGGUCACCGCCUAUUCUCUUUGUCUAUAUUGUUUAAAUUAUCCACAACUUAAAAAGUUUGAAAGAAGCCUAUGAUGCAAUAAUAAUAAUCUUAAAGAUAAUAACAAGUAUUGAUGAGGAUGUGGGGAAGUUGAAACCCUCAUCCACUGCUGGUGGGAACGUCAGAUGGUGCAGCUGCUUUGGAAAACAGUCAGCACUUCUCCAAAAGGUUCCAGGUAGAAUUAGCAUAUGACCGAGUAAUUCCACUCUUAGAUGGGCAGACGAGAGAAAUGAAAACGUACGUCCCCACAAAAACUUGUGCACAAAUGUUAAGAGCAGCCAAAAAGUAGAAACAACUCAAAUGUCUGUAAACUGAUGAAUGGGUAAACACAAUAUGCCACAUCCAUACAAUAGGAUGUUAUUUGACAACAAAAAGGAAUGAAGUACCAA